AUGGAAAAUGAUCUGCAAAAAGAAAAUCAGCUGCUUGUUGAAUAGAUUAAGGUGCUCUAGGCUUAAUUGCAUAAUAGAGAAACUUUAAGAAAUGAAUGUUCUAGAAUAAAUGAUUAAAGCAGCUUUUUCAACACAUUCAAAUAAUCAACACCAAGAGUUAAUAUUAGCAGAGACUAAAGCAAAAGAGAUCUUUAGGAUUUGACUGCUUAAGUGAAGAAACUUAAUGAAGAGAAAGAACAAUUAAGGAAAACCUUAAAACAUCAAAUUGAUGCUUAUGAUCAAAAAAUUCAAUAAAAAGAAAUGGAAUUAAGCCAAAAAGAAAAAAUGUAUAGACAAUUAUAGAUUGACUACAAAGAAUUGCAAUAGACCCUUAUAUAAGAAUAAAGUAAACCCGCUCCUUAACCAGCGGCACCAACACCUGUUCAGGCGAAACCUGUUGGAGAUCAAAUACAACAAUUUCGAGUCUAAAAGGUUGGACUGAUGAAUCUUCCUUGUUUAAUUUUAAUUAGAAAGAAUAUAUUCGAACAAUUCGUGAUCGAGAUCGAAAAUACAAAGGAUAGAGUAACCAUAAAUGUGUCAGACAUCACAGAUUUGGUGCCUGAUAAAACUAAGGAGGAUCAUUUUUAGUUAACAUAUAAAUUAUCUAAUUAAAAGAUUUCCGAAGUGUAUUAAUCUACAGAAUACAAAUCUAUAUUAAGAGCAAUAAAGUAUCUUCAUUCUUAAUAAUAACAAACUAGGAAAUAAGAAAAUUAACCAGCAUAAUAAGAAUAACAAAGUGGUUUAAUCAAAAGUUUGAGUUCCUUUUUUAUGAAAAAAUGA